AGACCAUAGAUACACAACACCUCCUCAGCCUUUAUGGAGAAAGGUCAAGGUAUUUUCUCUGAAGAUUCAGGAUCACUGCCUCAGCAGACCUGUAGAGACAACAAAUUUACAGGUCACUCAUAUCCUACAGGGAAGGUCCAAGUCAUUGGAGACAUUUUUCAGUUCACAGUCGAUGUGAGUGAAUUUUGUCCAGAAGAUGUUAUUAUCACAAUUUCCAACAACCUGAUUGAGGUGCACGCGGAGAAGCUAGGAAAAGAUGGCACAGUCACAAACACUUUUUCACACCAAUGCAAACUACCAUCGGGUGUGGACCCCAUAUCGGUGACCAUGACGAUGGAGAGCAGCGGGGCCCUGACUGUGAGAGCUCACAGGUUUUCAUGAUGCCUAAUGUCUCCUCCCUGCACUUUCAAUGAUUGAUUCAAUGCUGGAGUCUAUCGCCCUCUGGUGGUGGGCAAAGCGACCCAAUGCACCAUUCAUGUAGUAUCAGAAAUAUG